UUCAGAUUUUUCGAGAAAAAUUUCGCAUUUCAUCGAUCCAACUCAAUUUAAACAAUUUUAGCCGAUAAAUUACAGAAAUUUCCGUUAAUUUAUAUAAAAAAUAAUUCAAUGUUACAAAAAUCGAUUAUGAAGCAAGGAAUUAUCUUUUUCUGUUUGGUUAUUGCGAGCGUCAGCGGGAAUAAAAUGAUAAUUAACGAUCGCCAACAAGAAAAUUCUUUAGGACGUCUGAAGCACGACGCGAGGGAAUUGGUUGAAAUGUGUUUCACGAAUAAUUCAAAUCCAGUGAUGAUCUCCGAGGAUUUGCUCGACGAUAAUUGGAACCCUGGUGAAAAUUCGCUGAUUGUAAUCAACCGCAAAUUCAACAAACAUAUCACAGGUUUUCUCCCUACGUAUCCGACAUAUGUACUUUCAUUUAAGUCGAUCGAUAAUCUAAAACCGGUCAUCGACAAUCUUCAAAGAUCAAAGUUUUGGAACACAGGAUCGCCGUUUCUGAUGGUCGGAACCGGGUCGCGUUGCUCCAACACCAAGAAAGUACUAGAGUUCAUGUGGAACCGAGAUUCGCUCUCUGUUUAUUACCUGUGCGAGAAUAAAAAUUCGUCGGUAAUCUACACGCUGAAUUCUUAUGCAAGCUACGCUCCGGCGCCGUGGAAGCUGAUUGAAAAAUUUGGCGACAGUGACAAGAAACUUACUCUCUUCAGACUCGGAUAUAUAAAAGGUACUUUAAAUAUUGAAUAUUUAAGUAGUGUCCUAAAAAUUAUAACUCGUUCCUUAUUUUCAGACCCACAGAUUUGCAAGAGCAUCACCUUUGACAAGACGGAUCAUUUAGAGGACUAUACUAGAGAAACAACAAUUUCAAUCGUGACCAAAAAGACUGAUUCUUUAACAGGAAUCAGCGAAAUAAUUAACAAUGAACAGUUUGUAAUCGGAACAAGCUUGCUGCUGAUCAUGUUUACAAUAGUAAUGGUGAUCAUCAUCAGGGAUGACAUAGGUUUAGCUGUAAUGAAAAUGGCGAGGUUAGUUACUGGUAUGGCGAUUGAAACUCCACUCAAUCGUCUUGCGAUAAAGUUGAUAUUCUUCUUUGGUUUCCUGUUUGCGUUUCUGAUAGUUCCUGAUUGUCUGGGCAACAUAACAGCCAUGUUAAUGAAUUCUCCGAAGCGUAACGUCGAUAGUCUGAAGGAUCUCUAUGAGAACAAAUUCAUGGAUACUAUUUAGACAUAUUAGAGAGUGAUUAUGAAUAAACAACUGUGGGUCACUGAUGAAGAUAGAAAAUAUAUUCACCCAAUUUCAUAUGUGGACAUCAAGAAAUGUGUUUUAAACGUAAGAAAAAAUUCGACAAUAGCUUGCAUUUAUUUUACAGACGACUCACUGAUGAUGUCAAGUAAAGAUAAUGAUGUGUACAUUUCAACGGAGGCUGUCUCCAAGAAGCUAUUAGUUUCUUGGGCCAGGAAGAAUUGGCCCUUGAUGAGUAAGUUCAAUAAAAUGGCGCUUUAAGCUGCGGAUCAAGGAUUGGGAGAAAUAAUUUUAUUUAAAAAGAGGUUUCUCAAUAGGGUAAUGAAAGAAAGUGAAAAGAAAACAAGAAUUAAAGAGAUGGAAAAGUAUGAGCACUUUGAUUAUGAUGAAUUGAUUUUUAAUUAUUAUUUCUUUGGGUUUCUUAUUGCGCUCGGGAUUGAGAUAAUACUUUCAAGAUAUUUAAGAAUUUACAGACAAUUUUAAAUUCGCGUGCAUCAUCAG